CAAAGGUCUGCAUUUGGGCUCCCCCCCCCUCCCAGCCAGCCCUUUACAGCUGCAGGAACAGCAGCGUGGAAGCCAAGGAUUCUUUGUCUCAGAACCGUCACCGAAAAUCUUGCACAGAUUUUCUUUUCCCCAGCAGCCAUGAUAAAGGACAAAGAAGCAUUGCAGAGAAUCAGUUUCCUCUAUCAGGCAGCACAUUGUGUCCUUGCACACAACCCAGAGAACCAGGAAUUGGCUCGCUUCUAUUGUCACACCCAGCACAGCAUUAGCCGGAGGCUUGUCUUAAGACAGGACCCUUCUGUGAAAAGAACCAUCUGCAAAUCAUGUUUCUCCCUUCUUGUCCCUGGAGUCAGCUCAACUGUACGCCAAAGAAAGCGCCGAAAUCAGCGGUGGACUUCUGUGCAGUGUCUCAACUGUGGUCUAACUAAGCGAUUCCUCAGCAACCCUAACUAUAAGCUGUGGUCAGAACAGCCUGAGGCAUUACUAGAGAAUCAGACACAAGCCAGCGCAGGGGGAAAAGGCAAGAAACCUGGUUCAGUCCAACAACCACACAAAAGCCUUCAGGUGGAAAAGGCAACAAUCUCAAGUGCUGAACCUCAUCGUCAUACUGCCUCCAAGGAGACCACAGUCAAAACCAAAUCUAAAGGGAAGAUGGAUCCUAGUGGAAAGUGAUGUUUAGAGAUGAGAUCCUCCUGCAGCAGUAAUAUUGGACAGUUGGAGAGAGGUGAGCUGUGAUGGAGAAGCAAACACUGCAAGCAAGAUUAUUUACUGCCAAGAGGAAUUCAUGGAUUAAUUUCACAAGUAAAAGCUCAUCAUACUACUUGCUGAACUUGGGUGGUUCAAACAAGAUGAGUUUCUGAAUAAAAAUUCUGUUUUAUGGGGUGGCCAUUUUGAAUGAAGUAGAUCAGCGAGCUCAAAGCUGCAGUGCCCUGUUGUUGCAGAUACCCUAAUAAGCAUUGUCUUUCCCAUAAUCCUGUGGCUAGAAAUUCCUUUCACCUCUGUACCACCUUUGUGUCUGCAUGCCAGCUUCUUUUGCAGUUGGCUCCAACUGGGCUAGAGUUUUCCUAGUCACCUGGAGAGCUGGAGAUGUUGUUUACAAGAGAUUUUGGUGAACUUGUUCCCACUGUAAACUGCGGUGAAAACCUGACAUAGGAGGUGAUUACUCCAAUCCAAAGUAAUAUUUGUAUAAACAAAAGCGAUGUAAAAACUUGGAAAUAAAUUUUUCUUCCAAAUGGU